GCAACUGAACGAAUGCACACCUGUCAACUCCUCCUCUCCGACAUCACACCAAACUCGUAUCGACUACAUUCUACUCAAGCAGACCCUCCUCGCCACUUCCCAACAGCCUCGACGACUUCCGUGCUACCCAGCCAUGGCCGAGCAACCCCCGCCGGGCAUGCUGCCCCCAGGCAUGCAGAUGCCGUCCCCCGAACAGAUUGCUGCCAUGCAGCGCCAGAUUGCCAUUGAUGCACAAAGGGCUGGGAUGACGGUUCCGGAGUUCAUCGAGCACAUCAAGAAGCAACAGAUGGAGAGGAUGAGGCAAAUGCAGCAGCAGCAGCAGCAGGGCCAUGGCCACGAUCAUGAUCACGACCACGAUCACGACCAUGACCACGAUCACGGACACGAUCAUGACCACGAUCAGGACCACGGCCACAGCCAUUCGCAUGGCCCUCCCCAGCAGGGCCAGCCCCAGCCCAUCCAGCCGGGCCCUCCCAACCCUGUAGCGCUUGCGCUGGCGUCCUUCUUGCGCGGCCAAGACCUUAAGCCGCGGACCUGCAUCCUGAACGGCGAGCGCAAGGACAUGUUCCGAGUCAAGCGCGCCCUCCGCGCGAUACAGUCGCCGUCUUAUGAGAAGGCGCGGGCCAAGAACCCCGCGCUGCCCGAGGUGACGGACCGGGCAUCGCUCGAGAACUGCUUCAAGCUGCUGCCGCUGUCGAUGCUGGCGCUGCGCGUGCAAAAGGCGGAUGAGCACGAGGGCCACGACCACGCGCCCAAGAAGGGCAAGCGCGUCAAGGGCCUCUGGACCGUCCGCAUCGAGCCCCAGCAGGAGGCCGGAGACGACAUGUACUACGUUUGGCUCUGGGAGGGCAGCCAGCUCAUGCGCAAGGUCUACGCCGCCAUCGCCCUCGUUGUCAUCUUUGCCAUCGUGCUGUACCCACUCUGGCCCCUGGUUAUGCGCCAGGGCGUCUACUACCUUAGCUGGGGGUUCCUGAUGCUGCUGGGUCUCUUCUUCCUCAUGGCCAUCUUCCGCGUCAUCCUCUUCUGCAUCACCUACUUUGUUGUUUCCCCCGGUCUCUGGCUGUUCCCCAACCUCUGGGAGGACGUCAGCUUCGUUGAUAGCUUCAAGCCGGUCUGGGCUUGGCACGAGGCCCCCAAGAAGAAGAAGAAGUCCAAGUCCAGCGCAACGCCCUCGUUAAAGGCCCAGGCCGCCUUCGCUAACUCCACCGGACAGCCGCUGCCUGCCACGGCCACCACCACCGCGACUGAGACGCAGGUUGCGACUAGCCCCGUGGAGAGGCGCAGCGGCUAUGUUGCCCCUAGCGUGGACGAGCUGGAGGACGAGUGAUUUUGCGUUUUCUCUUUAGUUUGCUUCGCCCCUCGUGCUCGCCAUGCGCUUUCAAGGGAGUUUUGGUCGUCCACGGUAACGGUCCUGGCGUCACCUCUGGUUUCGGGAAAAGAUGUGUGCUUUUUGGGGACGCUACUCGUCCUGCCAUCAGCGAAUACGCGCACCACCUUCAAGCGGCUCGCAUCAAUUCUCGGGUGCUAUCUGCACUUGACAGCGUAGAUAACUAGAGGGUACGGGAUGACUGACUGUACAAAAAUGUUUAUCGAUUAUUUAAUCAAAAAUGGGACAGAUUGGGUUCAUGCGUCCUGACCACUAUCAACACCCCUGUACCACCCUCCCUCGUUCUCGUGACUAUUGUUCUACCAAGCCG